AAUCGUGAGCAUUUUAUUCAGUUCGAUUUCGAACAAAGGAGCUCAGAAGAAUCGAAAUAUUUUGAUUUGAACUGCAAUUUCUAUGAUUAGAUCAAGUUAAAACUCCGGAGAUCGAAGAAGAACAAGCACCGGUUCAAGGAAAGAAGUCUGAUGGAGGAAAACAUGCAGUCACCAAUAAAGAAAGAAUUAGAAUCAGAUUCAGCAUCAGAAACAGCAUCGACACCACCAUCAGCCAAAGGAGGUUGGAGAGGUUGGGGAAUUUCUCCAUUCUCUGUUUUGUCAGAUCUUCAGAAAGCAGCUGCAGUUGCAGCCGAGGAGAUAUCUCGAAAUGCUGCUGCAGUUGCUAAGAAUGCUGCAAAGGGAAUUUCAGAGAUUCAAAAUAUAGAACCUAACUUAGAGUCUGAAAAGGAGGGGGAAUCAGAGGAAGCAGCAAGUGAAGGGGAACAUGAAGAAGACGAUGACAAACUGCGGAAGUCAGCCCUGGAUAAAUUGGAGAAAGCCAGUGAAGAAUCUUUUCUGGGCCAGGGUCUUAAAGUUUUCGACAAAUCUGUGGAAAAUCUUGCUUCAGGAGCAUGGCAAGCCUUUGGCAGUGCUUGGAAAGGGGGUUCUGACUUGGUCCACAAGCUUGAGCAUUCUGCUGUAACAUCAGCUCCAUCUCUAAUAGAGACAGGAAAAUCUUUUACAUCAAGGGGAAUAGAAGUGCUUGAACGUGUGGGUAAGGAGACCAUGGAACUACUGAUUACUGAGACUGGUAUUGAAGUUGAAAAGAACUCCAAGAAAUCUGAGCAAUCAACUGAUUAUGAGCAACUUUUUGAGGAAGUAACAUUUGACCGAUGCUUUUAUAUUUAUGGAGGUCCAGAACAGCUGGAGGAACUGGAGGCAUUGUCCAACCAUUAUGCUUUGUUGUUUAACCGGAGAAAAGCAAAAUUAUCAUCAGAACAAAAGUCUCUCUAUGAUGGGAAGCUUAGACAAGUUCAGCAAAUUUUAAGUUUGAGUACUGAAAUUGAUGGAAGUGGUGUGGACUCGGACAAAGGAAAGAAAAUUGAGACAACUGAAGAGGGAAGUGCUGGUGAGAUGAAAAUUUUACGUGAUUCAAGUGUCAGCAAGGCUGCUAAUAUGGCUGCCGGGUUUGCAAAUUCCCUUGUGGGCCUUGCUUCAAAUGAGAUUAUUCAAAAGACUACUGGCAGGCUUGAAACCAUUCACUCAGAGGGGGUCCAUAGACUCUCAGAAUUGUGCUGCUUAGCUGUGUCUCAACUUCUGAUGCUUGGAAAAUCUGUCAUCGCCAAUUCAAACAAAGUGCAGAGUGAAGAUGCUGAUCCAGAAACCCUGAAAAUUGACUGGCCUGAUGAUUCCCUUGCGAAGGCGAAGAUCAUCAGACUUCGUGCACAAUCAAUGAGUGGAGAUGUAGAAGCAGUUUCUGAGAGUUUUAUCACAGGGAUCUCAGAUGUUACCGAAGCCUAUUUGGCAGCCGUAAAAGAUGCCAGUGCAGAUGUCAAAGAGAGCCCUCAACAAACUACCAUCCAGGAAAAGGCCAAUGCCAUCUCUGAUCAUUUGCGAGGUGACCAGACCACAGCCUUAGACAAAAUCCAGGAUGGGCUCCAAUACUUGGCAUUUGUUGUUCUUUCUACAUCAAUGCUCACUGCUUGAAACUUAAUGAUCUUCCUCCAUGGUUCAAUUUCAAGAGGUUUGUUUGGUAAUAUCUGUAAAUAGUGUCCUUAUGUCCAUUGAAUUGAGCCCAGGGCUGCCAGUGGAUUAUCCUCCAUUUUGCUGCCUAGGAUAUUGCAGGCAGGGUUUCAAACAUACCCAGUUAAAAUAGGAACUUUUAAUUGGACU